AUGGAAGAAGCCACUGCCCUCGCCAACCUGGCGUUGCCACAGACCAACAUCGAGCCCAUCUCCCGACCUAGUUCGACCUCGACCUCCGAGUCAGCGUCCGCGUCUUUGCCCCAGUUGCCGGGCAUUUCAGCACUCGCCCAGGCCAAUUCCGCGACCAGUUCGCCCCAGAUGCGCUUCUUCAACGUCGUACAGGCGAAAAAGGGCGACAAGAUGAGAAGCGAUUCCCGCGACCGCUCCCGCCGCAUCCACACCGACACACGCGCCAGCGCCAGCGCCAGCGCCCGCUCCCGCGCCUGCCCCAGCGCCUGCCCCCGCGCCGACUCCAACGUACGCCUCUGGCGGAGGUUCCACCACGACACCACCAUGAUGGCCAGCGGCGCUAACGAUCGCGACUCUACACAGCCAACAUGUCAAAACUGCCAAACCUCGACUACGCCUUUAUGGCGUCGCGAUGAAUACGGGACGGUUCUUUGCAAUGCGUGUGGUCUGUUUCUGCGUCUCCACGGGCGCCCUAGACCGAUUUCGCUCAAGACCGAUGUCAUCAAGUCUCGGAAUCGCGUCAAGACGAUGCGCCCCGGCAUGGCCUCGAAGAAGAAGCAGCAGCAUGGCCACAACUUCACCGGCGCGACCGACCCCAACGGCCUUGACCUACACGGGCAGCAUCCUGGCUCCGCCCAACGACGACCCUCCCAGAAAUCUACGAACGGCAACGCGGACGGCGAAUCCCCUGUGUCUCGGACCGGAACCCCCUCUCUGUACAACCCCAGCCUCCCCGUAUUCCAGGGCAUGGACGACGCGCAGCUUCAGGCAGGCCUGCAAGGGUUCUCCGACAACCGUGCCGGCUCCCCCCUGAACGGCGACCGCCAUCUCGACAUUCCCCAGACCCAUGAACAGCUCAUCGCGACCAACUCGGCCCUCAAGACCCGCGUCAGCGAGCUGGAGUUGAUCAACGAACUCUUCCGUGGCCGGCUGAGCCAGAUGGAACAAGAUGAGGCAAGCGCAAGACGUGGGCAGGAAAUCAGCGGCAAGGCCGAGGCUCAAUUGCGCAUGCAGCUCGAGACGAGCAAGAAGCAGCUGGAAGAGAGCCACCGCAGAGAGAACAACCUCAAACGUCGUCUUGACGAGCUGGAGCUGGAGCUCAAGGAGGCCCUCGAUAUGUCAGACUCUGGUCGCGCAGCAAAGAAGCUCAAGGUCACGGAGAUGGUCGGCAAAUCCGAAGUCUCCACGCCUCAGUCCACCACAUGA